GGUACGAGCAAUUGACGAUAUUGUGUUUCAUAUUCUGAUGAAAUAUAUUAUUCUAUUUACCAUUCCGUAUCAUCUAAGAGAUAUUACAAAGCAUCUGUAUUGUUUUUCUUUUUUCCUUUCAGUGUCUUCACCGGAAAAUGGUCAAAACCAUCACACCUACGUGCAGUAUGUCGAUUCCGAUAUGUACGCCGGGGGCCAAGGACAAACGCAAAUGAGCUACCCCCUGUACGCGGUCGGUGAUUACAGUUCCUCCGGUGGACAGCAGUAUUACGGUGCCGGCGGCAGUGGUGGCAAUACCGGCAGUGGAAGCGCAAACACCGGAAGUGGCAAUUACAGUGCCUCAUCGGGCAGUUCACAUUCAUCGAGCGGAACUGGCGGCGGCGGCGGUGGCGGCGGUGGCGGUGGUGGUGCUGGAUCAAACGGUUCUUCCGGAGGCGGAGGCAGCGGUAACAGCGGGGGAGGAAACGGCAGCGCCAAUCAACAGUACAUUGUACCGGUGGAUGAAGCCACACUGCUCGGGACUGCGGCCACAAACGGAGCCCACCAGCGCGAUUCACCGCAAGCCAUGACGGAUGUUGCUUCGUACAUACAGUCGCACCAGGUGUCGCACCAUUCCAACUCGACGACGCCUACGCCGGAUGUGGAUCCGACACCGAGCCUGAGCCAUGCGACGCGAGUUUCACCAGCGACGGUCGCUUGGUUGGUGGACAACUACGAAAACGCCGAGGGAGUUAGCUUGCCACGGUCCACGUUGUACAACCACUAUAUGCGCCACUGCAACGAGCACAAGCUGGACGCCGUCAAUGCGGCGAGUUUUGGAAAACUGAUCCGUUCGGUUUUCACUGGAUUACGGACGCGCCGGUUGGGAACGCGAGGUAACAGUAAGUACCACUACUACGGGAUACGGAUCAAGCCGGGAUCGUCGCUGAACAACGCCAUGGAUGACCAAAAGCCAAUCAAUGCUAGUCAUAUGAAUAACAACAAUAGUCAUAGUCAUAAUCACAAUACCAUGGGCGGCGCUGGAGGACACGGCGUCGGACCGGGAGGGAUGGGCCACGGAGGCUCGAUAAAUCACCGUGGAUCGAAGAAAGGGUCGAUGAAGAACGAAAUUCCCGAAUCGUGCUCACAGUACCUGGGAGAUCCAUCGCAUGCCAUUCCGCAGUUUCCGCUGAUAAGCCUGAAUCACCCGUUGCCGGAGGACAUCAGCUUAGAGGACGUCGACACGCUACGGUCGAUCUACCGCGAACAUUGCGAAGCCUUCCUGGAUGCCAUAUUGAACCUGGACUUCAACAUGAUCGAGUCGCUGUGGCGCGAGUUUUGGCGGGCGGAGAACAAUAACAACAAUGCGGACGAGUGCGAGGAGGAAAAGUAUCUCAGCAAAACGAAGCUGUACGUGUUGACGCAGUGUGAACCGAUCCAGGAGUUUAUCAAACAGGUGGAUUUCAUGUUCUACCAAAACAUGGUGGACGUUCUGAUUCCGGACGUGUUGCGUCCGAUUCCGACCGGGUUGACCCAGGCCAUCCGUAACUUCGCCAAAAACCUCGAAAGUUGGCUCUCGUCCGCGAUGAGUGGCUGUCCGGAGUCGAUUGUGACCAUCAAAUUGGCGGCGGUGGCCGCCUUUGGACAAACCCUUCGGCGGUACACUUCCCUGAACCAUCUGGCUCAGGCGGCCAGAGCUGUCCUUCAGAACAGCACCCAAAUCGCUCAAAUGCUCAAUGAUCUCAACCGGGUAGACUUCCGGAACGUACAGGAGCAGGCUUCCUGGAUUUGCCAGUGUGACACGGCGACCGUGCAGCGGCUGGAAAACGACUUCAAGGCAGCUCUUCAACAGCAGAAUACUCUGGAGCAGUGGGCCAGCUGGUUGCAAGGAGUGGUGGACGAUGCGCUGGAAGAGUACCGUGGUAAACCGUCGUUUGUGAACGCAGCCAGACAGUUUUUGCUCAAGUGGAGCUUCUACAGCUCGAUGGUGAUUCGGGAUUUGACGCUUCGGUCGGCGGGAAGCUUCGGGAGCUUCCACCUGAUACGGCUACUCUACGAUGAGUACAUGUUCUUCAUCAUCGAGCACAAGGUGGCCGAAGCUACGCAAACUACGCCAAUUGCCGUCAUGGGCGAGAAAGAUGCUACCAGCUCCGCCAGCAGUCGUCAGUUGUUGCAUUCCCAGCACCUACAACAACCGCAACAACAGCAACAUCAUUCCCAGCAGCAAACGCAACCGGACGAUAUGAGCAGCAUGUUGUACACGUCCGACUUCGAGGUGGUCAACGUCAAAAUGGAACCUAGUGCGAAGCGCAUGCGCAGUUAGUCAAUUUUUUCCUCAACGGGUGCUGCUGCUGUUGGUUUCCAUCAUCUUCAGCGGCAGCAUCUGCUGGCCCACUGUCAGCAGCCUGACGAGUUUAGCCAUUUAUCCUCCUGUACGACAACAACGACUUCGACGGCGUCGGGGGCCACCUGGUACCUCGCGCCGUCGUCAUCUUCGUCGCCAUCCAAUAACAGUAGUACGGGAGCGGCCAGCGGAGGACCGGAAUCGCCGGCGUCUCCGUUUGCCUCCUUCUACUGUGGCCAUUAACAGCAGCAUCAUCGAAUUGUAUAGAUUCUAAGUAACAUUUUAGCCACCUGAGUGUGCGAGAGCUAAAGAGAUUUUUUAUUUAUUCACGUUCAUUCCUAGUUUUUACAUGUCGUUUUGGUUUAGUGUUUUCGUUUCGUUUUGAAUUGGUAUGUUAACGUGGGUAAUUCCUCAAUUGUAAAUAGUUUCUGAAGCGGAUUUCAAAAUUUUCCAAACAAUUUCGUACUAUUAGUCAAAGAUUUUUUCGUUUCAAUUUAUUUAUUUAUUAUAGUUAGACUAGGCUAUCUGCACGAGCUCAACAAAGUAUUUUAAGGCAACUCCUAUUUAAACCAACGUCUACUGCAUAGUCAUUGUAACAACUAAGCUCAGAUUGUUGCAACAUUAAAAGAAAAACUGUCGUUUCUGUGUUUUCUGUGCUGGAAAAAAAUCGAAAAAAACGAACUUGCAUUUUCCAUUUUACAUCUCUAACUCGUAACUAUUUCGUGUAACGUUUUCAAAAACACAAAACUAUACUUAAGGAAUCGAGAAUAAUCAAAACAAGAAAACAAGGCCAUUCUCUUUACAACAACAACAACCAUCUGAGUUUUGAGAUAUGUAAGGAGCACUCAAAUACAUGCAGACACAUACAAAAAAACACACAAACACAUUCACCGUAGUAUUUAUAGUAGCUGUUAGGUAUUAAGAAACAGGACGACACGAAAUUUACCACAAAAACCCGCUUGGUAGCCUAUAGUUUUUAGUAGGGAGAAGGAGGACUGAUCACAUUCAAAUGUGCAAUUUUCGACCGUGUGCUGUUUUACUAGUACGCAACACAUGAUAGUUGGAGAAGGAAUGCGACGAAAGCAGAAAAGGGUGUAUAAGGUAGCGUAGUGAUAGGGGAAGGCUGAUUUUUUGCUA